CCCGAGCUCAAACACACACACACACACACACACACACACACAGCGCAACGCCUCCCAGCUCGACUCCACGCGCCGCCGCCGCCGCCGCCGCCGCCGGCGUAGACCUCCCGUUGGCCGCCAUGGACCCGCGCUUCCAGCUUCCCACCCCGGUGCCGUCCUCCGGCGGCGCUGCCGUGCGAGGGCACCACCGGCGGGCCCAUUCGGAGACGUUUCUGCGCUUCCCCGACACCGACCUCUUCCUCGACCCCGAUGGAGACUUCUCCUUCUCCGACCUCGACUUCCCAUCCCUCUCCGAUGAUUCCCCGGCGCUCUCCGACCCAACCCCGCCUCCUCCGCCGCCGAUGGCGGCCAGCUCGUCCCAGGCACCGGUUCCCCGUCCACCAGGCGGGACCCACAACAGGAGCCUAUCCCUUGACGCCGCCUUCUUCGAGGGCCUCGCCUUGCAGGGGGGAGGAGGCGGACAUAAGAGGAGUGGCUCCAUGGAUGGGGUGAACUCGCCGUUCGAAGGCGAGUCGGCGCUGUCGGGCGGGCCACUGGAUUACGCCAAGAAGGCCAUGCCGGCCGAGAGGAUCGCCGAGCUAGCCCUCCUUGACCCCAAACGCGCAAAGAGAAUUUUGGCAAACCGGCAGUCGGCGGCGAGGUCGAAGGAGAGGAAGAUCAAGUAUACUGGUGAGCUAGAGAGGAAGGUCCAGACACUUCAGACCGAGGCCACUACGCUAUCAGCACAGCUUACACUUCUCCAGAGGGAUACUUCUGGUUUAACUACUGAGAAUAGAGAACUCAAACUUCGGUUGCAGUCCAUGGAGGAACAAGCUAAACUACGGGAUGCUCUGAACGACGCUCUGCGAGAAGAAGUCCAGCGACUUAAGAUAGCUGCAGGGCAAGCUCCAAACAUGAAUGGGAGUCAAUUCAAUGGCGGACUCCAGCAGAUUCCAUCCUAUUUGUCCCAGCAACAUCAGCAGCAGCAGAUGGCUUACUUAGGUGGGCACCAAGCUCAGCGUCAUCAUUCAAACCAUCACCAGAGCCCAGCGAAUGGAGGCCAGUCUCUGAGUGGUCUGUGCCUAGACGACUCCAUGGAUUUCAUUUGAGGAGGAAAACUACGGCCCUCCUAUUAAAUCAUACACCAACUGCAACUCAGCAUUGUACAGAUAGCUAAUGUACUAUCUAUGCAUAUGAAUCAUUGGUAGGGUAGCUAGCUGUUCUUUGUAUCAUUAAUCAGAAUUCAGAAAGCAUGCUCUUGUAUGACAUAAUCUCUUCUUUCCCUUCUUUGUCUGUUUCUGGAGAACAGUUAAUGAUACCGGAAACUCUUACAGAAAUGUGCUUUUCAGGUCAAAA